CACCCCCGGACCGGGCGGUGCUUCCGGGUGGGCUCCUGGGUGGGCUCCGCGCCGGCGGGUCCGGAGCCGCGGCAGAGGCGCCGGAAGCCUGCGGGUCGCCGAGCCCAGCUUUCCUGCUCAAUGGGGCAAAAAAAGCAGCGAGCAUUGGACGCCAAGCGGCAUCAGAGCCCAUCAGACGGGACCCAGACGCCUUCCCCCAAGGAGCUGCACCUGGGGCCGCCCGCGACCCUGGGCCCCACGCGCAGCAUCUAUUUCUCAAGCCCAGAGGGCCGUCCUGCUCGCCUGGGAUCAGCGUUUUUCGACCAGCCCGCAGUGUCCCUGGCCCGGGCAUUUCUCGGACAGAUCUUGGUCCGACGACUGGAUGACGGCACAGAGCUCCGCGGCCGCAUUGUGGAGACUGAGGCAUACUUGGGGCCGGAGGAUGAAGCUGCCCAUUCAAGGGGUGGCCGGCAGACCCCCCGCAACCGUGGCAUGUUCAUGAAGCCUGGGACCCUCUACGUGUAUCUCAUCUACGGCAUGUAUUUCUGCAUGAACGUCUCCAGCCAAGGGGACGGGGCGUGUGUCCUGCUCCGAGCGCUAGAGCCCCUGGGGGGCCUGGAGGCCAUGCGACAGCUUCGCCACGCCCUCCGCAAAGGCGCUGCGGGACGAGCCCUCAAAGACCGUGAGCUCUGCAACGGUCCCUCCAAGCUGUGCCAGGCCCUGGCCAUCGACAGGAGCUUCGACCAGCGCGACCUGGCCAGGGACGAGUCUGUGUGGCUGGAGCAGGGGCCCCCCGAGCCCAGUGAGCCAGCCGUGGUGGCAGCAGCCCGUGUGGGCAUAGGCCAGGCUGGUGAGUGGGCCCAGAAGCCCCUGCGCUUCUACGUACAGGGCAGCCCCUGGGUCAGCGUGGUGGACAGGGCGGCAGAGCGGGACACACAGGCUGGAGCCAGGGCCUGCUCCCACAAGGACUUUUAAUUGUUUACAAACGAAAUAAAUGCAGUGUUUCUAGAAGAGUGUCCUGUG